CGUUCUCCAGAAGAGCCGCAGGCAGAGUAGUCUCGCUCGGUGUGUGUUUGUCGGCGGUCAUAGUCUGGCGCGGGUGGAUGUGUUAACAGCGAAGGAGUAAAUCGAAGGGAGCCACUCUAUAGUGUGUGAAAAGCAAAAGCGCGUAGCUUUUACAUUGAUACAACGAGAAAUAUUAUUUAUACAAAAGGAACAGCGACGAGCGCGCGAGUGUCGGUGACCGAGGAUGUAUCGUCAGUGAAAAAGUGCAACAAAAGACGCCGUGAGUGCGAGUGUCCACGAAUUUUAACUGAGGAUCCUUUAAAACCGGUCGACGAAAAUGCGGGCGCGAUACGUCGUGGCAGUACUUACCAGUUUGUUAGUGGUCACUGACGAAGCGCCGCAGGACAUCAGAUACAGAAACUAUGACGAGCGUCCUCGGGAAGCGUAUUUCAAUGGAUCAGCGUCCCUGAAACUAAACUCGUUCGUGUCGGUGCACAGGCACAGCGGUCUGAGCUUUCGAACCUGCGAGGGCGGUCGUCUUUUCAUGCAGAAAUACAACGAGGAUUCGGUCAGUCUAGAAGUGACCCCGGAUGGACUGUUGUUCGUCGCCAUCGUUGACCAGCAACGAUAUACAGCGAGACUCAACGCCAGACUAUUGAAUAAUGCUUGGCACAACGUCAACUUAUUCUUUAGACUUGGAAAUCUCACUUUGAACGCAGCAGGUCAUACGCAGGUAAUCGCUAAUGCUACGUAUAAUGCGGCGAUUCUUUCGCUACCCGACUACGAUCUGAAUGACUCUCUGAUCGUGGGAGAAGGAUUUAAAGGAUGUAUCCUCCAAGGUCCUGGCAUUCUGUUUAACGAUACCAUCAAUAAUGGGGCAGUCUUUGGUCCCUGUCCUGCGGAAAACAAAGGAUGUUUUCCUACGAAACUUUCAGGUGGUACGAGCGGACUUGGUGGUUUAGGAUCGAGCAGUAUCACCAGCGUGGAUUUCUGCUAUCACGAGCCAUGCAUGAUGCAUGGUAAAUGCGUUUCACGUCAGGAUCGUUACGAGUGUCACUGUUACGCCCGAUAUUCCGGCAACAACUGUGAAAAUGACAAUGGUCCGCCAUGCUUGAGCAGCCCUUGUCGCAACGGUGGCACGUGCAACGAAGAUCUGAAAGGAGAUUUCAGUUGCGUGUGCAAGCCAGGAUUUACUGGAAUUUUCUGUGAAUCUCAGCUCGGCGUACGACUUUGCGAGCAGAGUCCGUGCAGAAACGACGGUGUUUGCUUAGCGCUAACCGAGACUGAAUACAAGUGCGAAUGUAUGCCCGGAUGGACCGGGAAAAAUUGCGAAAUCAAUUUCAACGAAUGCUCCCCGAAUCCUUGCAGACACGGCGGAGUGUGCAUCGAUGGCAUCAACAAUUAUACAUGUACAUGCGAUAGAACAGGAUACGAGGGUCCGAAUUGCGAAAUCGACAUCGACGAAUGUCUAGCGAAUCCUUGUUUGAACAACGGCGUGUGCUAUGACAAUUACGGUGGCUAUAUGUGUCAUUGCCCGGACGGUUUCGAGGGUCAAAAUUGCGAACUGAAUUUAAACGAGUGCAUGGUAAAUCCUUGCAUGCACGGCGCCGACUGCGUGGACGAUGUUGGGUCCUAUCAUUGCAACUGUCCCACGGGGUACGCCGGCCGACAUUGCGAGCUCAGAAGUCUCUGCGAGAACGCGGCGUGCCCGUCGAACAGUAUUUGCAUCGAAGACGCACACGGUCCGCAAUGCGUCUGUAAUCCUGGAUUCAUGGGCAAUCCUCCGAAUUGCACCAUCAAUUAUUGUGCCAGUAACCCGUGCGACAACGGCGGAACGUGCACAAGUAACAAGGACGGAUACAAUUGUACUUGCCCGCCGGAGUGGAAAGGAGCAACGUGUCUUACACCAGCCUCAGAUUGGUGCCCCGCCUGUUACAACGGCGGCAGUUGUAUCGAGACGCGUUUCGGCAUUAUGUGCCAGUGCCCGAGAUUCUGGACAGGACCGCAGUGCAAGGAUCCGAUCACUUGUCGCGAUCUUCCUUGUAAACAAGCUUCCGCUUGUCAUGAUUAUCCUGGCGGUUAUUAUUGCACCUGUGAGCCAGGAUGGACGGGGUCCGAGUGCUCCAUCGACGUGGACGAGUGUUCCAGUGAUCCGUGCCGCAACGGCGGCAUUUGCAUUGAUCAACAGAAUAACUAUUACUGUCAAUGUCUUCCAGGAUAUACCGGUAAAACUUGUCAGAUCAACGUGGACGAGUGCCUGUCACAACCCUGUCAAAACGGGGGUACCUGUAUCGACAGAAUCAAUGGAUACGUGUGCAAUUGUACGAAGGACUUUAUGGACGAGAACUGUGAGCGCGAGUACAACGCUUGCGCGAUGAAUCCCUGCCAGAAUAAUGGAACGUGCACGCUGAUACCGAGAUCGCGGCGGGAAUUCGUUUGCGAAUGUCCCCACGGUUUCGAGGGGAAAAUUUGCGACGUCAACGUGGACGACUGUGUAGAUGUGAUCUGUCCCGAUGGGAAAGUGUGCAUCGACGGUAUCGCCGGUUACGAGUGCAAAUGUCGCGAGGGUUACAGGGACCCUAAUUGCACCCUUAUCGUUGAUCAUUGCGCGGCGAAGCCUUGCAACAACGGCACGUGUAUCGAUCUCGGAGAACACGGUUUCGAGUGCAAGUGCAAGAACGGCUUCAAAGGAAAGUUCUGCGACGAAGACGUGAACGAAUGUCAGGUGGAGGGUAACUCUUUAUGUAACUACGGUAUCUGCGUGAACAACGAGGGCGGUUAUAACUGCUUCUGUAGACCAGGAUUUUCCGGUGAUCACUGUGACAUCAACAUCGAUGAAUGCUUAUGUGGCCCGUGCAAGAAUAACGCCACGUGCAUCGAUGGUAUUAACACGUUCGAGUGUCAAUGUCCACCCGGUUACUCCGGGAAAACGUGCGACAUGGACGUAAACGAGUGCGAGAGCAACCCCUGCUUCAACGGUGCGACUUGCGUCGACGAGAUCGCUAGUUACACGUGCAUCUGUUCGCCCGGUUUCAGCGGAUUGAAUUGCGAGAUUAACAUAGACGAUUGCGAAUCGUCACCGUGCUUGAAUCACGGCCAGUGUAUCGACGGCAUAAAUAAUUAUACCUGUGAUUGCAACGAUACCGGGUUCGAGGGCGCGCAUUGCGAGAAGAACAUCGACGAUUGUCAAUCGGAGCCCUGUGCAAACGGAGCUCUGUGCAUAGACGACAUUAAAACUUACAAAUGCCAGUGUUAUCCUGGUUAUACCGGUAAAGAUUGCGAAGUCGAUAUAAAUGAAUGCGAAAGCUCCCCUUGCCAGUACAAUGGCACUUGCCUAGAGAGGUCGAAUCUCGACUUAUACAAGAGCGACGCGUUAACGUUGCCGUCGAUAUUUAAUCAAGAAUUCAGCUACGCGAAUGCAAGUGGGUACGAAUGCCUCUGCGUACAAGGUGUUACCGGGAAAAAUUGUGAACUAAAUAUUAACGAGUGCGACAGCAAUCCAUGUUCAGCUGGAACAUGCGUGGAUCGCAUCGGUGGUUACACUUGCGAAUGCGACGAGGGCUACGAGGGUGAUCAUUGUCAACACGACAUCGACGAAUGUAAACGAUACUCACCCUGCGAGCACGGUCUAUGCACCGAUGGGAGGGCCGAUUACACCUGUACCUGCGACCCAGAAUACGGGGGUAAAAACUGUUCGGUGGAGCUGACCGGUUGUCAAGGGAAUGCAUGUCAAAACGGUGGGACUUGUUGGCCAUAUCUCAUCGACGAAACGAUACACAAAUUCAAUUGUACUUGCCCGAACGGAUUUCAUGGAGAAAUUUGCGAUCAUACGAAGGUAACAACGAUGUCGAUGAAUGGCAGCUCAUACGUUUUAGUAAAUACUACUCGAGACGAAGGAUACGAUAUACAAUUCCGCUUUCGAACUACAUUGCCAAACGGAUUGCUUGCUAUCGGAAAAGGCUCGACGUUUUAUAUCCUCGAACUCGUUAAUGGAAAAUUAAAUCUGCACUCGAGUAUCCUGAAUAAAUGGGCGGGCGUAUUUAUCGGGAGCGGUUUGAACGAUUCCAAUUGGCAGAAAGUAUUCGUUGCGAUAAACGCUACGCACCUUGUACUCUCGGCCAACGAAGAGCAAACGAUCUAUCCCAUUAGUUUGAACGAAGGUUCCAACGCGAACCAUACGUCCUUCCCGAUGACGUACGUCGGUGGUACCACUAGUUACCUACAACGAUUAGCUCAUGGCCCGCAUUUCUUCAUUGGUUGCACCGAAGAUGUGGUUAUUAAUGGAGAAUGGGUAUACUCCGGUACCUCGUCAAAGACGGUGUACAUGGAAGACAUCGAGCCGGGAUGUCCACGCGAAGCUCAGUGUUCGCCAAACCCUUGUCAAAACGGUGGUCACUGUACGGAUCGAUGGCGCGAUUUCUCUUGUAAAUGCGAAAGGCCGUAUCUCGGAUACACGUGUCAAUACAACAUGACAGCUGCUACGUUUGGAUAUGAGAACAUUACCAACGGAUACGUAACAGUGACAGUGUCCGAUAUGGCUAGAAGGGCUGUUAGAUCGAUCGCAGAUAUCUCCAUGUUCAUUCGAACAAGGCAAGACAGGGGCGAUAUAUUUUAUUUGGGUUCGGAACCGAAUAUGCCAGCGGAUCAAAAGCCUCAAGAGAAAACUUACAUAGCUGCUCAAUUAGAAGGUGGUGAAUUACUUGUUAGGAUUCAGUUCAACGGUACCGAGGCUUACACAGUCGGUGGCGUGAAAUUAAACGACGGAAACAAUCAUUUGAUACAAGUAAUCAGGAACGUGACGUUGGUACAAGUGAAAAUUAACGGUACCGAAUAUUUCCGAAAAACUAUCAGCGCCUCCGGUCAAUUAAACGUAACGGUCUUGUAUUUGGGUGGUUUGCCGCAAGCGUCCAGAUAUAUACGACAAGUUGAUAAUCGUCAAAUCGAAGUGUCGCAGUCACCGCAAAUAAAUUUCAAGGGGAUCAUUCAAGAUGUUCAGAUAUCCAAUGGAACUAAGAUUAUGGUCGUUGAAUUCUUUCCGUUAAAGGCAAACGAUAUUCCUACACCGAUACAAUUCGGCAAUGUUACCUUCGAUGACAAAAAAGUUCUGAAGGGUGUCAUAUCUGACAAUGUGUGUGUGAGCAACCCGUGCAAUCACAACGGAACCUGUCACGUCACGUGGAAUGACUUUUGGUGUCAAUGUCCUCGCGGAUACACCGGCAAGACUUGUCAAGAAAUGGAGUUCUGCCAAUUGCAAGACUGCCCGGCUGGAUCGAAGUGUCAAAAUCUAGAUGACGGCUACGAAUGUAUCGCUAAUGCGACUUUUAAUGGAAUAAGCACCUUUUUCACCUACGUUUAUGCUCAAGAGGAAGAGAAGAACGUGUCUGAAUCGACGAUCGACGCUAUUCAAAUUACGUAUCGAUCUAACACCGGUGGCACGUUAAUGCACAUCGCGCCUCGCAUAGGCGAUCAAUAUUUCACCGUUUCCGUUUAUAAAGACAAGGUCACGGUAUCGUGGCGAUUGGACUUACAAAAUCAAGGGGUACUGACUUUCGGUAAGAUUGAACCCGAUGGAAAUUGGACGUCCAUCGUAUUGAGAUUGAACAAUAACUCGAUGGAAUGCGGAUACGCGAAUCCCAAUGACGAAUACGCAUCGCACGUUAGCCCGAACUUCAGUUUUUCCUUGUGGUACGAUUUACUGAUCACUGGAACGAUCACUCUUGGCGGUCUUGGUUCCACUUUAUCGAGUCAACACAGCUACGUGACGAUCGGGACCAGUAAGCAAAUCCUGGAGAAUAAAAAUGGUGUCAGCGAUAAUUCGAUUGACUUUACUGAACGUGCGUUGACCACUGCCUCUCCGCCUUAUAGCGUGAUGUCAGGAGAGGCUUUCAAGGGAUGUUUGGGUGAAGUAAGAAUUGGUAGCAUGCUCCUGCAUUACUUCACGUACAAAGAGGUAUAUCAAAACGCUAAUUUUACACCCUUGGAAUACCUAGCGUUGCAGGAAAAUAACUCGACGUAUCACGACAGUAUUGGCUGUCAGCUUUGCUUCGAUUCUGAUUGCAAAAAUAACGGCUACUGUCUAGAUAAAGUCCACAGUUAUAUCUGUAACUGUCCUGCUGGAUAUACAGAAGACGAUUGUUCCUUUGACAUAGACGAGUGCAUUGAUAACAAAUGCGAAAAUGGUGCAACGUGUGUUGACGGAAUUGCUAAUUACACGUGUGUCUGUAAUAGCGGUUGGCAGGGUUGGCAAUGUGACAGCGAUAUAAACGAAUGUGUAACGAUUAGGCCUUGCGAACACGAUGGUGUAUGUCUGAAUUAUCCUGGCUACUUCCACUGUGAAUGUCCAGAUCAAUUCACAGGCGAUCGAUGCGAAAGUUUUCGUCUUAUCACUUGCGAAAAUCAACCGUGCAAAAAUGAUGGCGUUUGCACGGACAUCGUAAAUCAGAAAACGGGUGAUAAUUUCACCUGCGCGUGCAUGACCGGUUACGAAGGCUCGGUUUGCGAUACUCCUUACUGCAUCGGAAAGUGUCAAAACGGCGGUCGAUGUGACGUUUUAAAUCAGGUACCACAAUGUACGUGUCAACCUGGAUACACUGGACCUUAUUGUGAAAUUAACAUCGACGAUUGCGCGCCAGACGCAGAAGGGAAUGUACCGUGCAAAAAUGAUGGAAAAUGCUACGACGGUAUAAAUAAUUUCACCUGCGAUUGCAGCGGUACCGGCCACACAGGACCCGAUUGCUCACUUGACAUUAACGAAUGUCAAGAUAUGAUGACCGAUUGUGGCCACGGACGCUGCGAAAAUCUACCGGGAACUUACCAAUGUAUAUGUGAGCUGGGUUAUUGCGGAUAUAAUUGCGGAAUGGUCGAUCCGUGUAAAGAGCAAAAUUAUUGUCAAAAUGGAGGAACGUGUACGUGUGGAGAAGACGGUGGCUACAGAUGUCAAUGUAUACCAGAUUACACGGGACCAAAUUGUACAGAGACGGAAACCAGUUUUCUGGGUAGCCAAGCACUCGAUAUAGCUGUAAUAGUCGGUCCUAUUGUGGGAUGUCUGUUGCUUAUCGCUGCUGGCUCUUUAAUCGCGUUAUUCAUGAUGGCCAGAAAGAAACGGGCCACUCGGGGAACGUAUAGUCCAAGUGCUCAAGAGUUUAGUAAUCCGCGUGUAGAGAUGGACAAUGUGAUGAAACCACCGCCGGAAGAGAGAUUAAUCUAAGAGGUUUCUUGUGAUGAAAAUCUACCGACGAAUCCUAGUCUACUGAGAAUAGGCAUGCAUCUGCCACAGUACUCGACGACAUUAACGGGAAAACUGAGAUAUCAUCCCGUCGAUCGAACUGAUUGUUGAACGACGAGUGAAAUGUAUGUACAAUGAGGUUCCAUCACGCGUCUUCUAGUCCGUGCUACAUUAUCGCUCUACGAACAAAUUGGCAUAACGCACCAAGUGAAUCAACUGAGAAGGGUAAUAAUUAUCUUAAUCCGUAAUCAUAUUUUUGAUUACAGAAUACAAAUUAAAAGACUAAGGAGAAUGCUAGAAAUGAAACGUAUUGAAACUGCCUAUAAAAUUAAAAAAAGAGAGAGAGAGAAAUCUGAAUUGAAACGGCUUAAUUGCAUGUGUGACAGUGAAAUGAGAAAUGUACAGUAAAAUUCGUGUAUGUCAGUCAUGUUAUUCAUAGAAUUGUGUAGUUAUACAAAGUGUACUUAAAAACUUCAUGAAGUGCCCUUAACAAGCAAUACUCGAGAGAAGCUCCUAAGAAACGAAACCCGUCCAUCUUAGUGCCUAACUGAUUCUACUUAAAGCUUCUAUUUAUAAACAAUAAAUUCGUAAGCAUCGAAAGUGUACAUUUCAAGUAAUAUGUUAAGAACCAAUUUAUUUAAAUUGGGAUCUCUAAACAGCAUAAUGUUACUCGUUAUUGUUUUACUCGUUAGAUCUUGGGCAAUCACGAUACAGAUAUUUUUAAAUACUAAUACGGCGUAGUGAUAUUAUCAUUGCGAAGGUACGUAGGUAGGAACGUUGUAAAAUAUUAUUGUUAACAGUAGUGAUCAUGAAUUACGAGCUAAUUAUUGUUUAUGCGAUUGCACGCUUUUCUGUAUCGACGUGCUUGUUCAAUCUGUACAUAAAUUUAGAUUAUAGGUUGAGAAAAUUAAUAACAAUUUUACCAUUACCAUUUUAUAUGAAUAUAGUAUUUAAUGAUGAUUAAUUUUUAUCUAAUUGCUUAAUACCACGACCAAAGUAAUAGCGAAGAAAUACUUUCGUCUGUAAAUCAAUGAUAUAGACGCGAAUGAGGGAGAUAUCAUCGUUUUACUUAGCUGUUUUUUUCAUCUUACAGAAGAUAGAAAGUUAACGUAUUGUUAUUGCCUCUUUCCAACUAUACAUAGAUGUAUAUUAUUUUUACACAUUACAGAAAUUCUUAGUCGAAAAAUACACCGUGAUACGUCGAUGCAAAAUAUUAACGUGCUUAGCGCGAGCAUGUUAUUCUUCAAUAAAUAUAUAUAUAUAUGUAGUACAUAUAUUGAAUGGGAACACUAAAUUGAAAUCACUAUAAUAGUUAUUGUAUUGUAUGAUAAUAAUCAAAAGACACAGCAUCGAUCAUGUGAAGUUUAUACUCGAUACGAUAGGAAUUAUCGUAUUAUUUUAUCGUAAAGAAUAAUUUCUUUCAUUAAAUGUGUAUUAUAAAGUGAAUAUCAUUAAUGUUUUCUGCAAGACUGAUAUUUUUGGGUAUUAAGAAAUACGUAUAUACAUGCGCUUUUCACACGAGUACUUAUUUUGUGACAAUAUGCAGUAUUGUGCAUAAAACAAUUAUUAAAAUUUGAAUUAAGUGUAAAAAAAUAAUAAAAAUUCAAAUAGUUUAA